CGUCCUUCAGUUGGGGUUGGAGAUCUCGGCGACCCUCUUAGCCUCCAGUUUCCUCCUGCGUCUUCUGUCCGCAGGAGUCGUCGGGAGACUUAGGGUGAAUCACUUAGGCCAAGUGCGGCGCGCGAGGCCUGGCAUCAAGGAGGCCCGCGGGUUCGGCCGCAACGGCUCGGGAACCGCCGGCGUCCGCGUCCACAGCGCCGCCUGCCCGGCCGGAGCUGCCUCCGGCUCCAGCGCCCGCCCUCCCGCCGUAGCCCGGGGACCAGGAACAAUGCAACCAGACAGGAGCUUCCAGAGUUCUGCCUCUAGGUACAGGCAAAGUUCUUUCACAUAUGAUGUGAAGCGAGACGUGUACAAUGAGGAAAACUUUCAACAGGAACACAGAAAGAAGACUGCUUCCUCCGGGAACGUGGACAUCGACAUCAGCACCGUCAGUCACCACGUGGAGUGCAGAUGCUCAUGGUACAAGUUCCGAAGAUGCCUGCUUACCGUGUUUCCCUUCCUAGAGUGGAUGUGUUUCUAUCGAUUCAAGGAUUGGCUUCUUGGAGACUUACUUGCUGGUAUAAGUGUUGGCCUUGUGCAAAUUCCCCAAGUCCUGAUGCUUGGUUUGCUGGCAAGGCAUCUGAUUCCUCCUCUCAAUGUCUCUUAUGCAGCUUUCUGUGCUUCAGUAAUUUAUGGAAUUUUUGGAUCAUGUCAUCAAAUGUCCAUUGGUACAUUCUUCCUUGUGAGUGCUCUGACAAUCAAUGUCCUGAGGACAGAGCCAUUCAACAGUGGCCACUUAUUACUGGGAACUUUCAUCCAGGAUGACUUUUCUAACAUAACCUUCUAUGAGAACUAUAACAGAUCCUUGAGUUCGGUGGCAUCUGUAACUUUGCUAACUGGGAUUAUUCAGCUGUCUAUGGGCAUGUUAGGUUUUGGCUUCAUUGUCACUUACAUUCCGGAGGCUGCAAUCAGUGGUUACCUGGCUGCCACAGCCCUGCACAUUAUGCUGUCCCAGUUGACCUGCAUCUUCGGAGUUAUGAUCAGUUACAAUUCUGGUCCCAUCGCCUUCUUCUACAUCCUUGGCUUUGCUGCAUUUUCAAACAAGGUAAACAUGGCCACGGAAAACAGCCUGAUGCUCAUUGAGAUGAUACCUUACAGCUUCCUGUUUCCUGUAACGCCAGAUAUGAGCAAUCUUACUGAAGUUCUUGCAGAAUCGUUCUCCUUAGCUUUAGUGAGCUCGUUUUUGCUCAUAUUUCUGGGCAAGAAGAUUGCCAGUUUCCAUAACUAUGACGUCAAUUCCAACCAGGAUUUAAUAGCCAUUGGCCUUUGCAAUGUCGUCAGUUCAUUUUUCAGAUCUUAUGUGUUUACUGGUGCUGUUGCCAGGACCAUUAUUCAGGAUAAAACUGGAGGAAGACAACAGUUUGCAUCUCUGGUAGGCGCAGGCCUCAUGCUGCUCCUGAUGAUGAAGAUGGCACACUUUUUCUACAAACUGCCAAACGCUAUAGUGGCUGGUAUUAUCCUGAGUAACGUCCUACCCUACCUUGAAGUUGUUUACACCCUACCCAGUCUGUGGAGGCAGAACCAGUAUGACUGUCUCAUUUGGAUGGUGACGUUCAUGUCUGCAAUUUUACUGGGACUGGAUAUUGGACUAGUCGUUGCAGUAACUUUUGCCUUCUUCAUCAUCACUGUUCAGUCACACAGAACUAAGAUUCUCCUCCUGGGUCAGAUCCCUAACACCAAUAUUUAUAGAAGCUUCCAAGACUAUCGGGAGGUUGCAAACAUUCCAGGGGUGAAGAUCUUCCAGUGCUGCAACGCCAUCACAUUUGUCAAUGUCCACUACCUCAAGCGCAAGGUGUUAGAGGAGAUUGAAAUGGUAAAGAUGCCUCUUACAGACGAGGAAAUUUAUACCCUGUUCAGUCCAAAUGAAGAGGGCGCACAGCGAGGAAAGAUUUGCCGGUGUUACUGCAACUGUGAUGAACCAGAGCCAUCGCCCAGGGUUAUUUACACAGAACGAUAUGAAGUUCAACGGGGCCGAGAGUCCUCCUUCAUUAACCUGGUCCGCUGCUCACGUUUUGAGAGCGUGGACACAGGCCAAAGUAUGUCUGAAGACCAAGUACCGUACAUAACAUCUUCCUCGUCUCAGAGAAACCCAAACUAUGAGGAGGUGGAGAAAGUCUGGCUUUCUGAUGACCCCUCCAGGAGCAUGACGAUCACACUCCCUGAGGCUUCUAAUACUCAGGUCAGGGCUACAAAACUCCUGCCUUACUCAACUUCAACUGUUCUACCCAGCGUCCACACCAUCAUCUUGGACUUCUCCAUGGUACAUCUUGUGGACGCACAGGCUUUGGUCGUAUUAAGGCAGAUGUUCUGUGCUUUCCAAAACGUCAACAUCUUGGUGCUCAUUGCAGGGUGUCACUCUUUUGUGGUCAGGUCACUUGAGAAGAAUGAUUUCUUUGACGCUGGCAUCACUAAGGCCCAGCUGUUCCUCACCCUCCACGACGCUGUGCUGUUUGCUUUGUCAAGGAAGCUGCCAGAGUCCUCGGAGUUAAGUGUGGACGAAUCAGAGACCGUCAUACAGGAAACCUUCUCAGAGACAGACAAGAAAGAAGAAUCAAGACAUAAAACAAGCAGAAGUUUUAUAGAAGCCCCCAGAAGUAAAAGUCCAGCCUUCUCCUUACUCCCAGACCCAGAGAUGGAGGAGGAAUCAGACUUGGAUCUGUAUUCCACGAUACAGAUGUCUAAAGACCAUGGGCUGGAUCUGGACCUAGACCUGGAUCGUGAGGUGGAGCCUGAGUCAGAGCUGGAGCCUGAAUCUGAGCUGGAUCAAGAGACAGAGCUCGAGCCUGACCCAGAGGCCAGUCACAAGCCAACUAGGCAGAAGUACUGGUCUCUGUUUAGGGCUAUAAUUCCCAGAUCCCCAACUCACACUCAGGCUAGGACACAGUCGGUAGACAGGAGGCAUCAAAAUGUGAAACCAUAUACAUCCAAGGCUGACACCAGUGAGGAGAUCUAGGAGUAAGGCGUCAUGUUUCCUUGGCAAGUCCUCCCCGGGGCCGCUUGGUCCAGAGAUGCAGGCUAGUUACAAACUAGCAGUACUUGCUUGGCGACUCCUCCACCUGCUGCCUCCUUCCUUGCUCAGCACUGGGAUUGCACUCCCAGAUCACAGUGCUAACCAAGAAUCAUCUCUGAAUUCCUUAUCCAGGCUCACUUCAUCUCACCACCAGAUGUGCCACUGAAGGACUUCCUUCUUCAUACCCCUCACCCUUGAGAUUUUUUUCAGACCACCUCUAACUUAUCCCCCUCAUCUCUGUUCCCCUUCCUCCAAAGAGAUGAGGCGCAAAUAAAAUACAUAACUCUAGUUAUAUCUGGACCCUUCCUGCAUCUUCUCUCUUCUCUGAAUUCUGUAUGCUGAAGAAAAUGUCAGGUGGAAGAAAUUCCGGAAGUAGGUAGACGUGGGGAAGAAAGGAGCAA